CUCCUCCCCUGUGAGCGCUGAAGUGACGUCACAGCGCGACACUCCCUUGCCCCAGCAGAGGGAGAAAGAUGGCGCCCACACACGUACUGAGAUGCUGUCAGCGGGGCUUAGCGUGGAUCCCGGUGAUUUUCAUCGCUCUGGUGGUCUGCUGGUCGUACUAUGCCUACGUGGUGGAGCUGUGUAUAUUCACCAUCCCAAAUUUAGGAGAGCUGAUUGUCUACCUGAUCUUCUUCCACCUCUUUUUCAUCAUGUUUGUGUGGUCUUACUGGAAGACCAUCUUCACCAAGCCUGCCAACCCUUCCAAAGAGUUCUGCCUGCCCAAGGCUGAGAAGGAGCGCUACGAGAAGGAAGAAAGGCCAGAGUCCCAGCAGGAGAUCCUCUGGAGAGCUGCCACCAGUCUACCUCUGUACACCCGCACAGGAGCCGGAGCAAUCCGUUACUGUGACCGCUGUCAAGUUAUCAAGCCGGACCGAUGUCAUCACUGCUCGGCAUGUGACAUGUGCGUGCUGAAAAUGGACCACCAUUGUCCCUGGGUGAACAACUGCGUGGGAUUCUCCAACUACAAGUUCUUUAUCCUCUUCCUGGCCUACUCGCUGGUGUACUGUUUGUUCAUUGCAGCCACCGUGCUUCAAUAUUUCAUAAAGUUCUGGACGAAUGAGCUGCCAGACACUCACGCCAAAUUCCAUGUCUUGUUUCUUUUUUUUGUGGCGGCCAUGUUCUGCAUCAGUAUUCUGUCCCUCUUCAGCUACCACCUGUGGCUUGUAGGCAAGAACAGGUCCACUAUAGAGGCCUUUAGAGCACCAGUCUUUAGGACAGGCUCUGACAAGAACGGCUUCUCUCUGGGUUUCCGUAAGAACAUCGCUCAGGUCUUUGGAGACCAGAAGAAAUACUGGCUGCUUCCCAUCUUCACCAGCCAGGGAGACGGUCUGACGUUCCCUACACGGCUGGUCAGUGCUGAUGCAGAGCAGGCAACAGUGACCCUUCAUCCGGAGCCCAAUAAAAGUGCUGCGGACGUCCCUGUGAGCCCUCUCAUCGACUCACAGAAUCGCCUCCUGAGCAACGACCAGCAUGCCAACAACAUCGCAGACCAUCUGGCUAACAACACCCUCAAAUCAGAUGAUAGUGAAACCAUUACAAUCUCCAUGGAAAGCGAGUCCUAACCAGGUAAACCUGAAUCCCUGGAGUUCGUCUGCAGGAGAAUAUCCUCAAUCAUCUAAAACGAUGCCUUAAGCAACGCAGCAGUUUAGUUCGUCACCAUGGCAACAGUCUCCCACUGCAACCUCAUCCCCACAGACCCGCUCAGCAUAACCGUGGAAAUGCAUUCAUUUUGCGCUUCGCAGAACAGUAAUGCAUUGGCAUUUUUCGCAUGCAGUGUCGUAAGCAAAUCUUACACCUACCACCCACAGGACAUGACAUACAAGGUUGUUCCCACUAACACGAACAUACAUACAUACAUACAUACAUACAUACAUACAUACAUGCAUACAUACAUACAUUCAUACAUUCAUACAUACAUGCAAACUGUCACACAUGCAGCCAUUUCCUUUUGCUGUUUCGUUUAUUUUUUUCUUACAACUGGAGCAUUUAUUUAGAAGAUGAAUGAAGCCUGGAGGGAUUUAUUUUGCUGUUAUGAUAAAACUUUUUGUGCCAAAAGCUUCCUUGGUGCACCAGGACUUGGUUAAAGGCACAAAACUGCAGUGGAGAGUGGUGGACAAGCUGGAUCAGUGUGUUUGAUUUGAUUUCGCUUUUGUGUUUUUUUUUUAAGGCAGUACAUCCCUCUGAAGAUGGAUCAGUUUGCUCAUGUGACAUUUUUUUAUAAUUCUUUAACACAAGCGUAUAUAUAUAUAUAUUGUCCGCACCUUUUUUUGAGCUGGAUUUUUCCCCUCCAAAACCCGGACAACAGUACAGAGGACUCUUCUGCAUUGAACCAGUGCACAACAGGGAAGACUGUAGCUGGGUUUUGGAUGGGGUUCUGGAUAACAGAGGGCAAGGUGGGGCAUUUGCACUUUGUAGUUUAACAAUAUCCAUCAAAACAACGUGCUGCUUUUUUUUUUAUCAUGUCCAAAUAAGCAUCCCAGGUAAAACAGAUGUUGGAUGAUGUGAUUUAUGGCGUACUGUGUGUAUGAAUGUGUGAAUGUGUGUAUCACAGUUGCAGUGGCAGUUUUUUCCUUCAUUAUUUUUUUUCCAGAACUAAAAGAAUCAGCUUUAUGUGCUUUUGUGGCCAACUCGUGCGACAACGUGCUGCUUACUUACGGACAGUAUGACCUGGGAGAUGCGAUUCACACAGUGUAAUGUGCAGCGUCCUUUACUGCCUGUUCAGAGUCGGCUCAUUAUGUCAUUGUGAUGAUCAGUGAUUGUUUGCCCAAAAUGUCCACAGCCGCCUGUCCUCUCUACAACUCAGUGCUUCAACCUUUUACUAAGACACCAACACUCAUUGCCAAAUAAGGGCUUGACCUGUCAGGAGCUCUGACCUUUGAACCUGCAGUGUUUACAACAUUCUAGCUUUAUCUUGUCCUCACUGGCCAAUGUCAUGGUUCUACUAGUCGUCGUGGCAAAGUAUUUUACACGAGUUGUAUCUGUCCUGCCUGCCUGCGUGGUUCAUGAUGUCCUAGCAGUACCAGUGCUGGCCAGCAGGUGGCAGCGAGGCUGUUAUCGGUCCUCAUUCAGAUGAAGAGUCUUCUGUUCUUCACAAGCAUCUGGCUCAGGGCUCAAUUCCCUUUCUGUCUAAUUUGCAGGUGCAGCUUUCUUCAGAAUGAAAUGAUCUCAUAACAUGAUUCACUAUGUUCCUGUGAUAACUCGCCCAGAGGAAACCAAAGUGAAUCGAACCUCUCUGAUCUGCUGUUAAAAAAUAGGUGUCAGCUACAGCUUCUGCUCCUCGUCUACUCUUUACCUAAUUUGGAAUCAGCUCAGUGUUGUGACCUUGAACUGUUUUAAGGAGAUUUAGCUUGUGUAAAACUUGACGGUGUAUUGUCUCGUCAAUGUUGAACGUCUGGGAUGUGACUUAAAUCCACAAUAACUGAAUUUUUAAAGCACCAGAAAACUUAAAAGACUGAAUCACCAAUGCAUCAUGUGUAUAUCUGUAAAAAGAUGAACAACCAAAUAACAACUUUUCAGGAAUGGGGUACAUCCUUUUCCAUUGAAUCUCUGUCAUUUAUAUGCAACUUUCCGAUUUACAUUAGAGGGAGAUUUGAGGUGUCACUGCUCAUAUCUGUCUGGUCACAUCCCUGACUGUUGCUGGAGGAGCCUCCCAAUAACUAGACCCAAUCAGACUCUGGUGAUGUACAAGUUUACAGCUGUUUCUAUCUUGUAGAGUGAACUUGUGGUGUUGUACAGUGUGUUUCUCUGUAAUCGUCAUAGUUGUGCUGAAUGUACCACAGACAGGACAGUGAGGGCUGAAAGACGGAGCGUUAAAACAGCGUUUAUGUUUACAUUUUAUCCUUCCAAUCAUGUUUGACCUUUUGAGCCCAAGUGUAUUUCUUUACAAACAGGCGAUUGGAGGAUAUUUGUUGCUGUAUGGAUUACGCUGUCAUGGUGGCUGAGUACAUACUGUGGUUUGAUUUCAGCAGAUGAAGUUGCUGUUGAAGAUCAUGGUCCAAGCAAAGGUUGUGUUUUGAUCAAGUGUGGAUCUUUUUUUCUAAACCUCAUAUGUAACCAUUUAGUUCUAUAUUGUAUAACGAGCUUGGCUCAUUCCCCUCAUCACGUAUGAUCACUGAUUAUAAAACAUUGGACCUGUCUUCUUGUUUUACAAAUUGCCUAUAAUCUGCCUCUGGGUGGUUUGGCCUUGACACUAGAGUGUGUGUGUGUGUUUUGUAAAGCUUAAUUGAGUGUUCCUUUUGUAAUACUGUCGUCUUGGGAGAAAUGCUUUAGUGUAGCCAUGAGAUUUUUUACAUGUCUGUGUACAUACAUAACUGUCUGACUAAUGAUGAAAAGCAUGGCACCUAACUUCUGUAAACAACGUUUUAACAUAACAGGGAUUUUGGUGAUAAAACAGACUGGGUUUUUUUUCAACUGUAGCCAGGGGUGUCAUGUUUUAAUUCAGCUUUACCCUGGUCUGCUAAAACUUUAUAAAUGAAGCCAUAAAGACUCCUGUGAAAAUGGAGGAAGGAUCUUGAAAAUUCAGUUUAAUUUCAAAAAAACAUUUCACAUCUGUACCGUACACAGUGCAGAUGUUGCCUAUCAUAACUUGCUUAUUGCUACAUUUUGAUUUCUU